CCCAUCACCAGGAAUUUGUGAAUGUUAUCUCGGUACAUAUUCCGCAAUGGACAACAGAGACACAGAACAUGGAUAUGUACACAGGACUAAUGAUGAUAAAAAGAGAAACGUGAAACCUGAGUCAGACUCCUUAGACUCAGACACUGAGAGUUUGGUGCAGGACAAAACUCACCACAGAGAACUUCAGAUGCUGAACGGUGUUGGUGAAAGCAGUUCCUCUUAUGAUGACAACAUCGAGAGAUCAGAGCAUGAAGAGGACUUUGCCUUUGACCCAAAACCUGCUAUCACUGAAACAUUUGGAGACCAAAACAUCAACUAUUUAAGGGCAUAUGAUCCGUCAGAUUAUGACCAUCUUCUUGUCACGUCAGAUACCAAAGAACUUUUCCAGUACAUCACACGAUACACACCACAGACCAUUGAAUUGGACCAUAAGCUGAAGCCUUUUAUUCCUGACUUCAUUCCAGCUGUAGGUGACAUUGAUGCUUUCCUCAAAGUUCCUCGUCCGGAUGGGAAGGUGGAUGGUCUGGGCUUGCUGGUGUUGGAUGAACCAUGUGCUAAGCAAUCUGACCCAAAUGUGCUCUCCCUGUGGCUUUCUAAGUACAGUAAACAACACAAUGUUGCUGAAGUCAAAGUGAAGAGUAUCGAGAACCCACAGAAGAACCCAAAAGCUAUAGAUAACUGGAUAGAAAGCAUCAGUGAACUACAUCGCUCCAAACCACCAGCUACAGUACAUUACACCAGACCCAUGCCAGACAUUGAUACCCUGAUGCAGGAAUGGCCACCUGAGUUUGAAGAGCUUUUGGGCAAGGUGAACCUCCCCACAGCAGAUAUUAAUUGUGACCUGGCAGAGUACAUUGACAUAAUUUGCGGUAUCUUGGACAUUCCAGUGUACAAGAAAAAAAUCCAGUCUCUCCAUGUCCUGUUUACACUCUAUUAUGAAUUUAAAAACUCCCAGCACUUUAAGAAUUCGGCAGAGGGCCGCAAGUCCAACAUGUCGUCAACUCAACAUAUUGCUACUACAGAAGCAGAGACACUCACAUUAGAGUGAUUUUUUUGUCUGUCUCUUAUCCGCUCUCUCUAACUCUUACUC